AGUUGACGUCAUGUAAACAGGUAAAUGACACAGCCACAUUGCCAGUGCUUGGGGGGUGUACACUUACAUGGAAGCUCUGGAAGUUCAUCAAUUACAUAGGUGCUUUGUCUCUUCCAGGUGGCUUCUGAAGUAUGUCUGCCAACAACAGUUCCUGCAAACCUAUACUGACACCCUACUUAACCGGGCUCUAUGGUGCAGUGCUCAUUGGCGGGCUGGUGGGCGUCAUCUCCAUUUUGUUCCUCCUCGUGAAGAUGAACACCCGGUCAGUGACCACCACAGCGGUCGUGAACCUGGUGGUGGUCCACAGUGUCUUCCUGCUGACUGUGCCUUUCCGCCUGACCUACCUCAUCAAGCACAAGUGGACAUUUGGGUUGCCCUUCUGCAAAUUCGUGAGCGCCAUGUUGCACAUCCACAUGUACCUCACAUUCCUGUUCUACCUGGUGAUCCUGGUCAUCAGGUACCUCAUCUUCUUCAAGCGCAAGGACAAGGUGGAGUUCUACAGGAAACUGCAUGCGGUGGCUGCCAGCGCUGGCCUGUGGCUGCUGGUGAUUGUCAUUAUGGUGCCCCUGAUUGCUUCACAGUAUGGAAGUCUUGACGUGUAUGAUACGGACAACUGUUUUAACUUCCACAAAGAGCUUGCUUGGGCGUACGUGCGAGUCAUCAACUAUUUGAUCGUCGCCGUUGUCAUAGCCAUUGCGCUGAUUCUCUUGGUCUUCCAGAUCUUCAUCAUUAUGUCGAUGGUGCGGAAGCUGCGUCACUCCUUACUGUCCCACCAGGAGUUCUGGGCCCAGUUGAAAAACCUGUUCUUUAUAGGAGUCAUCAUGGUUUGCUUCCUUCCCUACCAGUUGUUUAGGAUCUAUUACUUGUACACUGUGGCGCUCUCAAAUGACUGCAACAACAAUAUUGCAUAUUAUAAUGAAAUCUUCUUGAGUGUAACGGCGAUUAGCUGCUUUGACUUGCUGCUCUUUGUUCUUGGGGGAAGCCAUUGGUUUAAGCAACAGAUAAUUGACCUAUGGAAUUACGUCUUUUGCCAUUAA